AAUCCCUCGAGGUGGCAACACUGCGUUGUUGUGCAUAGCAGGCUGCAGACGAUCUGACGGCGUAAGGCGACGUGGUAGGGGACGACAGGGCACGAUAAUAUGUAUGCGGACGAACGCGACGCCAUGUUGCGUUGCGAGCAAACAUUUCGAUGUCAAUGUUCGAUGAUGAUCCAGGAUUCAGUCGCCUCUCAGCAUCUGUCGUUGUCGCGUGUUGAGUGUACACCAUUAUCGAAUGAAAAAAUGGAAAAUGGCUUUUGAACGCGAUAUAAAUCUGAAAAUCAUAGUGGAAGUGGAAAAGUAUGAAUGUCUAUACAAUUCCCACUUAUCCGAUUACACCAAAAAAGACGUAACGGAAAGGGCGUGGCGUAAAAUUGCCAAGAAGAUUAAUUUAUCAGUUCACGAAUCCAAAGAUAAAUGGAAGAAUAUAAGGUCAGCAUUCGUAAGAAGCCUGAAGCCAACCGAAAGGGAAUCUUCGAAAUUCAGAAAACCAUAUUACUUGCACGAUCGUCUGCUCUUCAUUCUUCCUUAUGUGAAGCACUCGAAUAGUAAGGAAUCUGAGAAGCCCACAAAGAGUGAAGAACCAACUGGAACUGAAGAAAACAUAUUAUAUGAUGAUGAAGCGCCAUCAUCGUUAAGUUCCAUUUCAGACGAUGGAAACCAGUCAGACAAUACUUCUACUUCACUAGCAUCCACAGCAGCUAGAAAAAAGAGGAAAUCGAACGACCCUGCCAACUUUCUAGAGUAUUCGCAGAAUAAGAAAGAAAACACCAACACCUCUGACGAUGAAACUGCGAAACGUUAUUUCUUGCUCAGUUUGUUGCCCGAGCUCAACGGACUCGAUGAAGAGCAAAUGCGUCACUUCAAAAUACAAGUUCUUAUGUUAGUAGAUAAUAUCAAGGGCAGCUCGAGCUUUGUUCAGCAAUCGUCUACGUAUACUCCACCACAAUCUUCUGUUAGCGAAACGGAACCUCCGUUCCCUCCAUUCCCAAAAGAGGAUCCACUGUGAUAAUUUCAAUCAUUACCGAAUAAAAGUAAUAAGUUGUUUGACCAAAUUGUCUGCAUACCUACUGAUUAAAUUGGUAUAUUACUUUUAUGUACCGUGUUACUUUCCAAACGCAGGACAAAGAAUGGCAAUGGUGAGAUUCACCAUGAAUAUAUUCAUUCAAACACCGCAAAUGGAGUAUUUGAUACUAUGACCGCAAGUGAAUCUAAUUUCGUGUUCUUCACCAAUCAAGCUGUUAAUUGCAAGUGAUGAAUUGUUUACCAUUUUACCAAAGGUGAUAGUGAUGUAUAU